CAACAAAAUAGAAAGUUUUACUGCUUCGUGAAGUUGAUUUGGAUAAAUUUUCUAGACCCAGUCUAGAUCUAUCAUCUAGAAAUCUAGAAAUUCUAGAUCUUUAUUAUAUUUAUGAUCUCACUUGUCACUAUCAUUAGUUAAAUUAGUAUCAUUCAUUAUGAGAUGGCAUAUUUUUAUUUAAUUCUAAAUAAACUCUAAAGUCUAAAGCAAACAGAAUUACAAAUUAAUAAUUCGUCGUCAGAGACUAAAAAUAUCAUAAAAUAAAUGGCUGUUUCCAAGUUAUUUCAAUGGCUAAUCUGUUUGACUUCCUUCCUGGCUGUAUGGCUUUCAUAUGUCCUGGGUUUGGUACAGACAAAGUUCAGUGAAGAGAUGAAUGAAAUUAUUAUUGCAUUACCAAUUUACUUGUUGAUUUUGUUUGCUUGUGUGUUACUUGGGAUGAUUGGUCAUAGAGUUGCCACAUUUAAUGAUUGUGAAUUAGCAUCCAAAGAAUUAAAAGAGCAUAUAGAUGCAGCACGACAAGACCUUGCAAAGAAAGGCUAUAAGUUUGCAUCUGAUUGGAAAUCAUAAUCUGAGGAGAAGACUGUUUUCUAUUUUAAGGGUUUUACUUUGGCCUGUGAAUCUGGACCACAAAGUACUACUCAACAUUUCCAAAACUUUUUGCCUAUUUUUGUUGAACAUUGAAAUAGGGGUCUUAUUGGAUUCUAUAAAUGUAAUAAGGAUUGGAUAAUGAAAUGUUUUUUUUUUAAUAUUGUUGAUGGGUAUAAACACAGGUGAAAAUUAUUUUCAAAAAUAUAUUUAUAAAUCACAUGUUCAUAUUUUUAUUUUAUGCUGUCAUUAUUAUAUAUUUAAAAAAAAUUAAACUUUGAAUACAUUGUACAUGGGAUUGACUUGUGCUGUGUUAAUCUGACAUUUAGUUUGAAUCUAUCUUGUUUUUUAACACACUUGGUCAAGUUGUACAUCUUUAUCCUCAAAAAAAAUAUUACCUUAUCUUACAAUGUGUAAAAAUAUAAAUUAAUGAUAAUAAAUACAUAAUGUUAUUUUAGAUACACAUCUGUGGUGUAGACAGAGUAUAUGAUGCCCUAAAAAAAGAAAAAAAAUUCAGAAAAGCAUUUUUUUUAUUGUUAUAAUAUUGUUAAUUCACAAAAUAAAAAAGAAAAAAUCAACUGUACAAAAAGAUACUAUAAAUGAAUCUUAUGUGCUUUCUUGCUGGGAAUUUUAUCCCAAUCAAUUUUUCCACCAGCCCUUGUCCAAUAGACAAAAUAGCAUUGAUUGCAAAUAAUUCUUGCUAGAUCUACUUAAGUUUGUAAAAAAAACAACAACUUUGCUCUCAUGUAGCCACACUACCAUAGUUGUCAGAAAUAUGCAAAUUAAGAUAUUCAGGUCUGAAUCAUCUAGUUAAUAUUUUAGUUACAAAACUCAAAGAGCUCUAGAAGCAGGUCUUUUUUUUUGGAAGUUUGAAGGAUUCUUAAGAAGCUGCAAUAAAUCAUUAAAGCCUUUCGCUCCAGAAGAAUAAAUUUUUUGUCAAUGUCACUAGAAGCACUAUUGAGAUUGAUUUCUGAGGAUACAAUAGCAUGGAAUGCAAUUAAAAAAUCAUAUACCUACCUGCCACAUCAUGAAUUUACUCAAAUCGUGUGAUUAUCAAUGCAGUCCUAGAAAGAAAAUAUUGUCCUAACUUUCUUUUAUUGUUAAUAUUUUCUUGUGGUUAAUAGGUCUUUAAAGUUCUUCACUUAUCCUAAGAUUUGAGCUCAUGCUUUUGGCAAAGGUAAUACUGGCUUCAGUAAUAUCCCAACUAGUAGUUAAGAUAGUAUUUAAUUGACAACUCUUGUAUUUGAAGGUGUUGUUUUGCACAUGAAAGAAAAUGAAGAGUGCAUACCAACUACUAAUGUGCCUGCUUCAGAUCUAGUUGAAUUUUCCUCUGCACUAGUCAAUGUUUCCAGAGUUUCUAUAACUUUUGAAAAUGUAUCUCUUUUGGCGUACGUUUUAUUCAAGUGCUUAGCGCUAGAAGCAUCAAAUUCUUUCCAAAAUGACUAGAACAAAAAAGAAUCACAGUGGAUGGGAAAUAAACUAUGAUAAUUAUCUAGAGAUGCAUUUUAAAAAUUGUAGAUCUAGAUCAGGCAUGUCAAACUCAUUAAGGUGUAUGGGCCGCAUAAAAACUUACUAUGACCUGAGGGGCCGCAGCCAAAAAUCAGUUGCCUACUAGUUUUAUGUAUAAUAAAAUAGAAUACAAUAAUUAAUGGCAUACCUGUCCCUUAGUUAGCUAAAUUUGUAGUACUAUUUAGUAAUUAAAAAUUAAUAUGAUAACGUAUUAUUUUCUAUGUUCUGAUGCUUGAUAUCUUUUAUAGGAUACAAGCUUAUUAAUGUCAUGUUAAAGUUUGUUUUCCACUGACACUUUCAUCACUGUCGACAAAUAUUGAUGAGAUAAUCUCGAAAGGUGAGGUGCUUAUGUAGCUUUCAUUAUGGAAAAGAACUGCUCACAGAGAUCAUUGCUUGCAAACAUAGCAAGAAUUAUGGCUGCAAAUUUCCGCAAUUCAGGGUAAAUAACUGUAAAAUUUUGGCACAGCCAAUUCUAUAUACUUCGAUUUCAACAAAGAAUCUGACUGCUAUUCUAUCAGCUCUAGUUGCACAUUACCAGCAGCAAUUUCAGAAUCAAAUGAGAAUGGAGAUACAAACAACAAAAAUUCUUGCUCGUAUGAAACGAAGUCACGAAAACAGUCAUUGAAAGCAUCUACUAAAGAUUGCAGACAUAUUUACCAAAUGUUGUAGCCGUAUUCAAUUUGGUUUAUCCACAGUUGUAAUUUUGUGUGUGAGCACUUCACAUGAUUACACACAGUUGUGACAAUUUUGUCUUUACUUUGAAGUUUCAAAUUCAAGUAUAGCAGGUGACCAGUGAGAUCAACUGCCAAUGCCGAAUCCCGAACCAAUUAGUCAGUUUGGAAAUGUUCAAUAUGUUCACCUUUCAUGUUCAGAGACAAUACAAUUUCCUCACACAGUGCAAAAAAUCUCUUCAAUACUUUAUGACAUGAGAGCCAGCGGAACACAAUCAAAUUCGUGUCCAACUCCAUCCAGAAACAUUGCAAAUUUGAUUUAAACUAUGAGCAUAAAUAAAAUUGAGAGCGACUGAAACCGGUCUUAUGACAUGUUGGAACUUUAUUUUUUUUUUGGUGAAUGAUGCACUGUAAAUAAAGAUAUUAAAACUUUG